GCCCCCGCCGGGGCUCGCAGGGGACAGCGUGGCACUGGCGUGGCACUGCGGUGGCACUGGUGAUGCUGGCAGGGUCCCCGCUGCUCUGGUGGCUUUCUUGGUGACGGGGCAUGGAGCACGCUGCGGUGACCCACCCCCCUCUCCAUGGGUUGGAUCUGGGACACAGCGUUGUCCCCAAGGUCACCACCCCCUCUGCAGGGCCCUGCUGGGUGCUCCCACCCCUCUCCCUGCCCUGCUUUCCCCUCUCCACGGUGGCUGCUCACAGAGCCAAGCUCGGAGCUGUCCCCAGUUCCAGCCCCGUUUGAGCCACUUGCCUGGCAAGUGUCACCAGCAAGGGGGGAGCUGCCACCAGUGCCAGCUGUGGGGCUGGAGAGGGGAGCAGGGAGAGGUGACAGCGGCUGCUGCUCCCCCACAUCCAUCCCUGGCAGGGUCUGAGCUUCCCUGGCACUUUUUGGCCCCGCUGGGCACCUUUGGCAUCACGGGGCACCGUCCCCAGCCCAGCUGCUCACGGUCACAGGUCACUGUGACACUCCCUUGUUGACCCCAGUGUGCCCUCCCCGUGUCCAGAGCCGGGGCUGGGCUCCCCACAGGGCCCUGCUGAGUUUUCCCAGCCUAAGGGAGGGAUUUGUGGAGCUCCCCCACCUUAAACCUGAAUUUAAGCUCAGCUGAGCGGGGUUUAGCAGGGAGGGAUGGCACAGGGUCUGCCCUGUGCCUGUGCCCACACUGGUGGCACCUUCUGUGACCUGGGCAUGUCCAGGGACGGGCCUGGAGAGUCCUGAGGGAUCUGGGAAGGGUUUGGAGAGUCCUGAGGGAGUUGGGAAGGGUUUGGAGAGUGCUGAGGGAGCUGGGAAGGGGCUGAGCCUGGAGCAAAGGAGGCUGAGGGGGAAUUUCUGGCUCUGCACAACUCCCUGCCAGGAGGGGACAGCCGGGGGGGAUUUGGGAUCUUCUCCCAGGGAACAGGGACAGGAGGAGAGGGAACGGCCUCAGGCUGGGCUGGGGAGGCUCAGGUUGGACAUCAGCAGGAAUUUCCUCAUGGAAAGGGCUGGAAGGGGCUGCCCAGGGGGGUUUGGAGUGCCCGUCCCUGGAGGUGGCACCUGGAGGUGGCACUGAGUGCUCAGGGUGGGAUCAGGCCCAGCUUGGACUCGGUGAUCCCACAGGGAUUUUCCAGCCUCACUAAUUCCAUGAUUCUGUGAAAUCCCUGCUGCCUGGCACUGAUGAGGGAAAACCUCUCAAAGCUGCUGCCCACAGCCUGAGCUCAGCAGCUCCAGGGUUUGGGAGAACAGUUUCAUCCAGGGAAGGGCAGAGGGGUUCCCACCCCACUCCCACUGACCCCAUAUCUGUGUUUCCUCCUCCUCCUCCUCCUCCUCCUCCUCCCUCGGCGGGUGAGGAUGCCAGGACAGGAGGGGUUUCUUGGUGCCACCACCACGCCAGCACCCAGCCACCACCACCUAGGUGACGGUGUGCUGGGUGGAGGAGCUGCCGGCGGGUAACGGGCAGUCCCUGUCUCCCCAGGCCGAGCACGCCGGCAUCCGCACCUACUUCUUCAGCGCCGAGAACACGGAGGAGCAGGAGUCCUGGAUCCAGGCCAUGGGCGAGGCCGCCCGCGUGCAGAUCCCACCGAGCCAGAGGCACGAGAAGCCGGACUCGGAGAACAUCCCUCCCAGCAAACACCACCACCACCACCACUGCAACGCCGCGCACCGCGAGCACGCCAAGGCCGAGCCCGACGCCAAGACCCGCGGGGAGGGCGACGGCCGCGGCUCGGAGAAGAUGGAGCGGAAGCCGUCGGAGCGGGCGGACGGCAAGAAGGAUCCUCUGGCCAAAGCCAACGGCCUGGGCGGGCAGGAGCCGCCCUCGGAGCCGGGCAGUCCCUACCCCGAGGGGCCGCGGGGGCCGGCGAGCGCCGAGCGGCCGGCGCAGCCCAACGGGUGGCCGUACCCCUCGCCCAGCCGGCCCGGCAGCACCGCCUUCCCGCCGGCGGGUGACGGCGAGAGCGGGGCCCAGCGCCGGGGUGUCACCCCCAGGUCCCACCCCGAGAAGGUGGCCCAGCGCAAGAGCUCCAUGACGCAGCUGCAGCAGUGGGUGAACUCGCGCCGCGCCACCGCGCCUCCCGAGGAGCUGCGCAGCCCCACCAGGUUUUACCCCGUGUCCCGCCGGGUGCCCGAUUAUUACUCGCCCUACUCACCGCAGUACCCCGAGGAGUACCAGUACUACCCGCCGGGCGUGCGCCCCGACAGCAUCUGCUCCAUGCCCGCCUUCGACCGCGUCAGCCCCCCGUGGGCGCUGGAGGACAAACGCCACUCCUUCCGCAACGGGGGUCCCUUCCACCCCGCCUUCGGCCGCCAGGACGUCCCGCUGUGGCUGCCGGCGCCCGCCAGGCCGCCGAGCUACCUGGACGAGGUGGACGCGGCCUCGGGCUCGCUGCGGAGGAUGUCGCUGCAGCCGCGCUCGCGCUCGGUGCCGCGCUCGCCCAGCCAGGGCUCCUACGGUCGUGCCAGGGUUUACUCGCCCGUGCGCUCGCCCAGUGCCCGCUUCGAGCGGCUGCCGCCCCGCGGGGAUGAGAUUUACGCCGACCCCGCCGCCUUCGUGAUGCGCAGAUCCAUCAGCUCGCCCAAGUACGAUUACCUGGGUGACAGGCGGCCCGUCCCGGCCGGGGUGUACCCGUACCACUUCCCGGCGUCCCCCACCAUCCACGACAAAAUGAUGAGCGAGAGCGAGACCCUCAUCACUAUGGUGAACAGGAUGGUGGAGACCUCCUCCCCUAGGGCCCAGCUCUACAUGCAAGUGACGCCGUUCCCGGAGCCCUACAGGGACACCCUGCACCCCUACAAGAUCAGCGAGCAGGACACCGAUAAGCUGCUGGGGAAGCUCUGCGAGCAGAACAAGGUGCUGCGGGAGCAGGAGAGGCUGGUGCAGCAGCUCCGCGCUGAGAAGGAGAGCCUGGAGAGUGCCCUGAUGGGGACACACCAGGAGCUGGAGAUGUUCGGCAGCCAGCCCGCCUACCCGGAGAAGCUGCUGCACAAGAAGGAAUCGCUGCAGAACCAGCUCAUCAACAUCCGCGUGGAGCUGUCCCAGGCCAGCACGGCCCUGGCAAACAGCACGGCCGAGUACGAGAGCCUGGAGAGCGAGGUGUCCACCCUGCACGAUGACCUCUGGGAGCAGCUGAACCUGGACAUCCAGAACGAGAUGCUGAACCGGCAGAUCCAGAGGGAGAUCUGGCGGAUCCAGGACGUGAUGGAGGGGCUGAGGAAGAACAACCCCUCCCGAGGCACCGACACGGCCAAGCACAGAGUGGCCCUGGGCCCCUCGGGCACGUACAGUUCCAACAGCCCUGCCAGCCCCCUGAGCUCUGCCAGCCUCACCAGCCCCCUGAGCCCCUUCUCCCUCAUCUCUGGCUCCCAGGGAUCGCCCACCAAGCCCGGCCCUGGCGAGGAACCGGGCCCGCCUCGACCUCCCCUCCCCAAGUCCUACGUGCCCCUGGAGCCUCCUCCGGCCGUUCCUCCGCUCCCCAGCGAGAGCCGCCUCUGGCCCUACCCCGCCUCCCCUUCCUGGCACCAAGCAGAGGCCAAGCGGGGACAGCCCAGGCCAGGCUUGGAGCAGAGCAGGAAGGAGCCGCCCCAGCCCAGCCCGCCCGGCCCCGCGCCCGAGGGGCUCCCGCAGACCCGCCCCGAGCACGACGGCGACAAACAAGCGGCUCUCAACAAGGUGGGAAUCGUCCCCCCCAGGACCAAGUCUCCGGCGGAGGAGGAGGCGGUGCCCAGGAGGAACGGCCUGGCCAACGGGCUCAGCUCGCGGGAAAGACCCAAGAGCGCCGUGUUCGCCACCGAGACCAAGGUGAAAAUGAGCGUGGAGGAGCAGAUCGACCGCAUGAAGCGCCACCAGAGCGGCUCCAUGAAGGAGAAGCGGCGCAGCCUGCAGCUCCCCGGCCCGCAGCCGCUCCCCGGCCCCCAGCCCGACCCCCCCGGCACCAAAACCCCCUCCUCCUACAAGGUGGUGCGGCGACACCGCAGCAUCCACGAGGUGGACAUCUCGGACCUGGAGGCCGCGCUGCGCUCCGACGAGCCCGGCAAGGUGUACGAGACCCCGCAGGAGGAAAUCGCCCGGCUGAGGAAGAUGGAGCUGGAGCCGCAGCACUACGACGUGGACAUCAACAAGGAGCUGUCCACGCCGGACAAAGUCCUGAUCCCCGAGCGCUACGUGGAGCUGGAGCCGGAAUCGCCCCUCAGCCCCGAGGAGAUGAAGGAGAAGCAGAAAAAGGUGGAAAGGAUCAAGACUCUCAUUGCCAAAUCCAGCCUGCAGAACGUCAUCCCCCUGGGCGAGGGGGAGGUGGACACCCCGCAGGACCCUGAGGUGCAGCUGCAGGAGCAGGAGAAGAGGAUCGAGAUCUCCUGUGCCCUGGCUGCCGAGGCCUCGCGCCGCGGCCGGAUGCUCUCGGCUCAGUGCGCUACCCCCAGCCCUCCCACCUCCCCAGCCUCCCCGACUCCACCGACCAACCCCCUCUCGUCCGAGCCGCCCCGGGCCGACAGCAGCCACCUCAUGCGGGUGUGAGCCUGUGACCUCAAGCCCUGGCUGCUGCCGGCGCCAUCAAGUUCCACGGGGCCACGUUUUAGUCCCCUCCUGAGGUGACACCGAACCUCUCGCCACCGUCCUCGGUUCUCCUGGACCCCCUUCCCUCCCUCCGGCGGCGACACCAGCGGGAGAGGCGGCACCGACGGGAGCCCCGUCCCAAGGAGACGGGCGGGGACUGGGAUUGUCCCCAAGGAGCCCCCAGGGCUGUCAGUGACACACAGGGACAGCCCCGGACAGCUGUGACAGCGGCCACAGGGACACAGCUGUGGCAACGGCCAUCGGGACACACCUCUACAGCUGUGACAGCAGCCACAGGGACACAGGUGUGACAACGGCCACCGGGACACACCUCUACAGCUGUGACAGCGGCCACAGGGACACAGCUGUGACAGUGGCCACAGGGGCACACCCAGCCAGCUGUGACAGUGGCCACCAGCCCCAUGGCGAGCUCAGGACUCCUGGGAUGGCCCCCAAGGUUCUUGGGGUGGGGACCCGCCUGUCCCCACCACGGAUGGUGCUGUCACCUCCCAGGGGACCUGGAUGCUCCCCCUCAGCUCUUCGGGAGCUCUGACCCUGAUUUUGGAACCCGUCUGUGUCACCACCGGUGGCUCAGCUGGAGGAAGAGGGGACAGGACGGGUGGAGGUGGCACUGGGGGACACAGAGGUGGCAUUGGGGGACCCAGAGGUGCCCAGGGUGCUCCCAGGGCUCUCCAAGCACGGAGCAGGAGCUCUGGGCAGGGAUGGGGCAGAGCAGGGAAUUGCGGUGCCAGGUGGGAUAACGGAGCUGUGGGGUGGGCAGGGACCCCCUCUGGAGGGUGGGGACGGUGCUGAGGAGGGGUUGGGGACAGAGGUGUCACCUGGGGACCCGCUGUCACGCUCCAAAAAUCUCUUCCCGCGGCUCUCCAGCCCCUCCCAGCGGUUCGGAUUUCCUGUAGCAAAUUCCAACUUUUCUUUAUCACCCUGGAGGGUGGGGAAGAAGCAGAAUCCCUGGAAGGAUGCGAGCACGGCAGGGGCCAGGAGCUGGAUCCCAAACCCCAAAUCUCCAACCCCAAAUCCCAUCCAUCCCUCCUGGCCCCAUCCCAAACCCCCCCCCCAGGACCUCCCUGCAUCCCGAUCCCAACUUAGCAAUACUUGUAGGAUCCCUGGAGCCCUAAACCCCCUCCCCAGCCUCCCUCAGCCCCUUUAGCUCAUAAAGCUGGCCCUUUAUUUUGCUAUUUACAUGCCUUAAUAUAUGUUUGAUGGAAAUUCUACAUUUAUAAUAUAUAUCUAUAUUUGGUUUUCCUCUUCUUUUCCCGGGAAAAAGCUCGUGCCGAGCUCUCUCUUCUCCGCAGGAUUUGUUGGCGCCGCCAACAAAAUAAAGGAAAGAUUCUUUGCCAGUUUAUCAGAGGGGGAAGGAAAUGAAAAAACGAAACAAAACAAAACAAAAAAAAACCAAAAAAAAGAAGAAGGAAAAAAAAAAAGGAAAAAAAACCUAUUUAAAAA